ACCAUCCUACUUCAAAAUCCUGGAUCCGCUGCUGGACAGCAGUUCGUCUCCUCGCCGCUUCUCCCAGCGUGGCCGCACCUGACGCCGCCGGUCCGCCUUCUUGCACUCUCUCGCCCGGGUGACCCUUCGUGCCUAAUUAAUGGCAGUGACGGGGUUUAUGGAGCUUGCGCUUGACCAGGCCAAGCUUGCGCUGGACAACCUCGAGGUUCCUGUAGGAUGUGUGAUUGUGGAGAAUGGGAAGGUUAUUUCGUCUGGUAGCAACAAGACCAAUGCCACCCGAAACGCUACCAGACAUGCUGAGAUGGAAGCAAUCGAUGUCCUUCUCCGUGAGUGGCAGAGUCUUGGCCUUGACCAGCCACUAGUUGCGGAGAAGUUCACAGGAUGCGACCUCUAUGUCACGUGUGAGCCCUGCAUAAUGUGUGCUUCAGCAUUAGCAAUACUAGGAAUAAGGGAAGUAUACUUCGGUUGUGCGAAUGAUAAAUUUGGAGGAUGUGGAUCAGUCAUGUCACUGCAUGAGAGUUCUUCGUCAGAUGAUUUGACAGGGAGGCAAGAUACCAGACCAAGAGGUUUUAAAUGUACCGGGGGGAUAAUGGCAGAAGAGGCAGUAGCUCUUUUCAGGAAUUUCUAUGAACAAGGAAACCCGAAUGCGCCGAAGCCUCACAGACCUGUCCGAGUAGAUCAGCAAUGACCUGUAAUACAAGCAUGACGAGGAAGAUCACAGGGAUUUAGAUUUAAAUAAGUGAUGGAAAUCUGCUUAAGGUUUGGGACAUGAUUUGAGCUGAGCACUACUGCCAUUACAUAGUAUCAUUGUGUUCUUUGCAAUAAGCUAUGUGCUGAAACUUACUGCAGCAUCUGUUUAUGGGUCUGCUAUUGGUAUUUGCAGAUCCACAGGCUACAGGUCAGGCGAUUCAAGAUUUUUUUUUGUUCCAUUGUUGAUUAGCUUGUGUUCACCCAAAAAUUUUGACUUGUGCGGUUGCAGAUAUCCAUCAUUUGCAACCUUGAAAGUCUGAAAGACAUUUGGUUUCUCUUUUA